GCUAAGUAUCCACGGAUCAUAGUUUUGGUUGUGAGUCGUUGUCAGAAACAUGUGUUCGGGUAGUUUUGCGAAGUGUCUGGGGAUCAGCCUCAUCCCUUUGGCGAUCGUGUGUAUUUUGUGCAAUAUUUUACUGUUUUUUCCUGGAGGUAUCGUCGUGGAAACGCAAAAUAUCACGGAUCAAGCCUUUUAUUUCGGCGGCAUCGUGGGAUCUGGAGUCCUGAUGAUCUUUCCCGCUCUCGUGUUCCUCGGCCUCAAGAACAACGACUGCUGCGGUUGCUGUGGAAACGAGAGCUGUGGGCGGAGAUUCGCGAUGCUGAGUUCUAUCCUGUUUGCGGCGGUCGGGGUCCUCGGAGCGGGGUACUCCAUUAUAGUCUCAGCUGUGGCCAUAAACCGGGGACCAAAGUGUGAAAUUUAUAAUAACGGAACAUGGAAGUACCCAUUUGAAAACGGGGACUAUCUGAAGGACACGUCGCUGUGGGACAAGUGUAAGGAGCCCAAAGACAUCGUGCACUGGCACCUGUCCCUGUUCUCUGUGCUGCUGGUGAUGGGGCUGAUCCAGGUGGCUCUGUGUGCGGUGCAGGUGGUUAACGGCCUCCUGGGGGCGCUGUGCGGGGACUGCUGCGGCUGUUGCGGAGGGAGCGAUGGAGCUGUGUGAGGGGAUCUGGGAGCACUUGUACUGUAUUUAUUCGAAGUUCCACAGUGGACCGGGGGCAUGUUCUGUUUAUAUUAUACUAAAGUGCAAAGGGCGUAUUGAUUCCUGUGUUUACCUCAUAACACUGGAGAUGACAGAGCUCUUUAGACACUGCUAUAAUGAAAGUUACUAAUAAAAUGUUUACCCUCUGAGAA